AUGUCAACAACGUCAGAUGAACAGAAAUCGAAUUCUGGUGAUAAUAGUGAUGAAGUAUGGAAUGGUUGGCGCCCUGUUGAAACAACCGGUAAUUAUACGCAAUGUGGCAAUAAUAUUAUACUCACAUUACAAAAAGGUAUAAUUUUCAUAAUAAUAUCAUAAAUGUUCCAUAUUUUCUUU